AUGCUGUGUGCACGCACAUCGAUGCGCCUUCGAACGGGGGGAUCCCUGAUUUUGGGUCGGGGAGCGCUGGCCUCGGCGGACCCUGCGGCGCCGCGUACGCCUGCGCGCCGCGCGUGGGAGCGCAGCGACGUUCAGGCGGUGUUUGACCAGCCGCUUCUCGAGCUGGUGUUCCAGGCUGCGAGCGUGCACCGUCAACACCAUGAUCCGCGCAAGAUCCAGCUGUGCACGCUGAUGAACAUCAAGGAGGGUGGCUGCUCGGAGGACUGUGCGUACUGUUCGCAGAGCAGCCGCUACGACACUCACUCCAAGGCGACCAAGCUCGAGGAAGUCGAUGCUGUGCUCGAGGAGGCGCGCCGCGCGAAGGCGAACGGCAGCACGCGUUUCUGCAUGGGCGCCGCGUGGCGCGAGGUCGGUGGCCGCAAGCGCGGCUUCAACCGCAUUCUCGACAUGGUGCGCGAGAUCCGCGGCAUGGGCAUGGAGGUGUGCACGACGCUUGGCAUGCUCACUGCGGAGCAGGCGCAGCAGCUGAGGGAGGCUGGCCUGUCCGCAUACAACCACAACCUCGAUACCAGCCGCGAGUACUAUGGGCAAGUGAUUACGUCGCGCACGUACGAGGACCGCCUCGCGACGAUCGCGAAUGUGCGCGACGCGGGCAUUGCGGUGUGCUCGGGCGGUAUCCUGGGCCUCGGCGAAAACGAGGCGGACCGCGUCGGCCUGAUCUGGGAGAUGAGCCGCCUGCCGGAGCCGCCGGAGAGCUUCCCCGUGAACGCCCUCGUGGCCAUCCCGGGCACGCCGAUGGAGGGCCAAGAGCCCGUCACGUUCCAGGAGAUGCUGCGCACGGUGGCGACCGCGCGUAUCGUGCUGCCGACCUCGAUUGUGCGCCUGGCUGCUGGCCGCCAUAUGUUCACCGAGUCGGAGCAGGCGAUGCUCUUCCUCGCGGGCGCGAAUGCGGUGUUCACGGGCCACCGCAUGCUCACGACGCCGACGUCGUCGUGGGACGAGGACAAGGCCCUCCUUGCGCGCUGGGGCCUCUCGGGCAUGAACAGCUUUGAGACGCCGCGCAUGGCGGCGGAGGCACGCCGCCCCGACGCGCGCGCGGCGGAGGCCUCGGUCGGGCCGUUCCCGUUCCGCGCCAAGUCGGUGGCUCUGUAG